UUUGGAAUGCCAAUAUUAGCCAUGCUCUUGGUGGCUGAAUUGACCGGCCAAUUAGGCUUACGUCGGAGACUGUUAUCUUUAUGGCGUCGAUGCGGGGCAUAUAUGGGUUUGCGUGGGACGGAUGAGGAGGCUGAAACUACAAUGGAUAUUAUUUUUGAAUACGCAGCAUUGUGCCAAAAUCUGGCCUAUAUGCUGUACAUGACGUUCCAGCUGUACGAGAAUGAACACACCAACGAAGCAGGCAUGCCCAAUGACGACGAGCUGAUUUCCACAUACAAAGGCAUGCUGAGCGCCAAAAUAUCGGUUUUGGCGGAGAAUGGACGUCGAGAUGUGGCUAAAGGCCAUCAAAGGCAUGAAGUAACGAAGAGGGAGCUAAAGGAUAUACGCCUGGCUGCUGAAAAAUCCGAUGGACUACAACAAAUGCUUGAAGGAGCAUACGCAUUUUUCCGGUUUGCAAGAUUCGUUCGGCUUGACAACACGGGCACACUUGAGCAUCGCCGCGUCAUCGAUCGCAUCCGAUCGGACAGCUAUACGAGACGGGAGGCUGCAAGACAGGCACUGCCGCCGGGCAUCUCAUGA